UGAUCGACAUAUUUAUAACAAUACUAUUAUUAUUACGUAACGCGGUAAUCUAAAAUCUAUUCUACGACGUACCGCAAUAAUCUAAAGUGGAUUUCAGUGACGUAACACAUUCGUACAAACAAAUAAUACCGAGAUUUUUAUGCAGAAUAAGGAAAUUGCUUUCCCAUCGUUUCGCAUACUCGUUCCAGCACGUGAGAAAUCCAGAAAAUCCAGAUAAAAAUCUUGAAAAUUUUUACCGCAGAGUGAAAAAUCCUUAAAUGAAGGAAGACGACCGUGCGUCAUUAAUUGACCAUUUUCGAAAAAAAUAACUGAUCGAAGACGACAAAGAGUUUUGUUGCGAAUGCCUCGCAAGAGGAUUGGUAUCUACGGAUAAGGACGUGUAAGGAUAACGGGUGAUUUCAUCGUACAAUAAAUACAUAACGAUAUUACAAUGAUUAUUAUCUCGUGCGAAUUAAAGUCCUCCCCUCUUUCUUGUUCUCCUCUCGUCGUAAACUAUGUAAACACAAAUAAAGCCAAAAUGGGUCGUGUAUACUUGGCGGCAAUAUUGUCACAGAUUACCGCGCUCAUGUGAGUCUACUUGGUGUGAGUACACUUUUGCAAUACAUAAUGUGCGAUCUUCGCGGUCUCGUGUAUAUGACGUGAUACCGAUACACAUACAAAUGCAAGAAGGUCUAAGAAGAUAUCGCUAAGUGGUCGCCGAUAUACGGAACGGCAGAUCAGUUCAAAAUCACCUGUCUCAGAAGGUGGAACAAUCUGUGAAGACUAUAAAUGUAUAUCGUGUAUUUAAUUUAAUCGACUCGAAGCUUGAGUUUCUUGGAUCCUGAAGAAGAGAUGGAUCGUAUUAAGAGGAAGAGGAAAAGGAUGGGUGGUGAAAAGAAAGUGCUGCUGUCCAUUGUCGAUCCUUGGGAUGUGAAGGUGGCCAGUGUCGAUCCGAUCGGAUUGGCCGAACGACGGGGCGUCUCCCUAUCCAUCUUAUCUUCACCCUACAAACAAGACGAGGGUGUCAAGCCGAGAUGGACGACUUUAAGCAAACCCAUCGUCAAGACACCAUCGCCUUGGUACAAGCCUGGUAGCGGUUCCUCGAGUCACUUCGCCAAAUCUGAGGAAUUUGCACUAAUCGAUCCCAUUUGGCUGAAUCCUCGGUAUUCGCCGCGAAGAUCAUCCAUCAACGCAACUGGCGACUCUCCGUCUUCGAUUCCGCUCGAAGAAAGAUUACGAGAUAGCAAGCAGAAAACUGACGACAUCGAGGCAGGCGAGGUCGACAAUGGAUUAAUCAACGGCUCGCAGGAAAUUAGUCGCGGUUUCGAUGAUGUGAACGGUACAGCGGCGGUGCGAGUGCGUUUCGAGAUCGACAAAGAGAAUGGAGUGCGAUGUGACGCGAACGGGCAAAGAAUCGACGAUGCAUCGCGAGUGUUGACGAAAAAUUGGAACGAUAAUCAUUCGAGACUCGAGCAGCCGGCGACAAGGCAGAAAGAUUCGCGGAGAACAGACGAUGCAAAAAUCAGCGAGACAAACGGUAUUCAUGACGAUUCUGGGAUAAUUGGGAAGAAACCGGCCAUCGUCGAUAUCGUCCAAUACUUAGUGGAAUCCAGGUACAAUCUGCAAAUUGCGAAGGAGAGGAGGUUAAAAAAGAUGCCAUCAUGUCGUCGACAAGAAGCUUCAAAGGAAAUAGAUCCAGUGGAUAAAUCAACCGACAAUAGAAAUGCGUUUGUUAACGUAACCAAACUAGAGAAUAAUCAAGAAGCAACCGACAAAACGGUGAAAGCACUGCCGGAAGUGACAGCGCUACGUGUUACGAAUAAUAUAAGGAAGACUAGCAUUUCGAUGCCCAGCAAACUCGAUGAGAUGGACGAUCUUCGAACAGACAGACAAAACGGGACCGUCUCGAAAUUCAUGAGAGCGGAGAGCGAGACCAGCAGCAGCGUAACUUUCAGUAAUAGCGGCUCGACGCCGAAUGGAAGCCCUCUGGGAUCCGACACAGAGGAAGAAGCAAAUGACGAGGAAUUGGCCAAAGUGCCAUUGCAAGCUCCACCGCGAAGGAAAAGUAGAGUCAUGCAAUCAUCGAUGAAUGAAAAAAUGGGAAACGACGCUACGGAACUUUCAGGUGCACAAAGUGCAAAUUCCACGAUAACUAGCGUAAACAGCAUUAGCAGUCUCUUGAAGGAAAAACUGCAAUUAUCGUUACCACAAGCACUACGAAACAGCACAAGACGUCAGAAUGCCGACUACAGGCUUAGGGCCUUUGUCGGUAUUCUCUUCCUGUGCGUCGUUUUCCUCGUGGGAUUUGCGCACAUUUACUACAACCAGUAUGUCUUACAACGAGCCUACUUUGACAAAUUCAGAUUCAAUAAAAAUGAAAGAGUGAUGACAGUCUACAGUAGUACCGGCGCGGAGAUCAUCGCCGCUCGGCUCGGCGAGGGUAUUCCGUCAGACACGGGAGUGUAUCCUUGCCUUCCUCAUCAUCAGCGGCAAGACUCGGUAUGUCUUGAAUGGUUACAGCAGACACGGCUCUACCUCGCGCACACGAAGCGCGAGGAUAUGCAUUGCUAUCACGUAACCUGGCAGAGCCUGAGCCCCUACUAUAACCCUAAGGAUUGCUUCGACUGGUCCUCGAAGAGAGGCCACUGGUACGGUGCAGGUCAGAUACAGAAUAUGGCAUAUCCUCUGGAACGAGGUCGCCUUGAGCUUAGCCCUUUUAUCACGGGUGAUGUGAGGAGACAAUCCUUCGGUAACGUGUUGAAAAGAUAUUUCCUCAACUCGAAGGGUGCUACGAUCUUAGUUGAUUCUGAAACGCCAUUAUAUGUCUCCAUCAACGCUAAUCGAACCAAUGACUUUUGUCUUCAAGCCAAGCAUGAUGCUUUCGCUUAUAUUAAUCAUCUGACGCCGCUACCCCAGCUCAAUUACACCAUUUGUGCCACUGACAACAUGAAGACUCUACAUUCUUUGAUGGCGGAAAAGUCUCUAUGGGAUGGUCUGAAGCCCGAUGAGUUGCACGCUGUUCAUUCGCUGCUGUCCGAACCAGUCUGGCAGAUUUCGCCUAUUAACGAAGCGGCCAUUUACAAUUACACGGAGGACGUGAUUGCGCUGGGAUUUCUUCGUCAAGGCCAUGUUCUGUUAAGCGAAGAAUGGCAGCCGAGUCCAGGAGAUUUUGUCUUGGACGAAGAACGAUUUCCUUCCAUGGAAGAGACUAUUAACAUUAUUCAUCGUAGAGGAUUUCGAAUAGUCUUUAGUAUUCAACCGUUUAUCUCCACGGAAUCCAUGAACUUCAAGGAUGCUGUCGCUAACAGAUUACUCAUUUCUGAGAGAGGAAGCGAUCCUCGGAUUCCGGCGUUAACGAGAUACAAGCAAAGUAACAGCGCUGGUGUGCUUGACAUUACAAACAACAAGACUUUAUCUUGGCUGCAAACAAAGCUUGAGAGCUUAAUCAUGAAGUAUCACGUCGACUCGUUUUACCUCGAUCUGGGCACCGCUCAAGAUAUGCCGCAUUAUUACAAAUGUGAACAACCGCUGACCAAUCCCGAUCAUUACAAGACCAUUUUCACCCGUUCGAUACUAGGCACCAUUUCUGUGAUCGGCGUUUCCAGCGCCAUUUCCAGGCCACGAGCGCCCGUUUUCGUGUCCUUGCCACCAUUUGCAUCGUCCUGGAAGGCCAUCAAGACCGUCAUUCCUACCGUGCUCACCUACGGCAUGAUCGGCUAUCCAUUCAUCAUGCCAGGAGCGGUGGGAGGUGAUGUAGCGCUCCCUAUGUCAGACGACAAUCCCGACAACGACUUCGAGGUGGAUUUGCCGGAUAAAGAACUCUACAUCCGAUGGUUGCAACUGUCCACUUUCCUACCCGUAAUCCGCUUUACUCAUCUGCCCAGCAAAUAUUCAGACGAAUCGGUUCUGGAAAUUGCCAAGAGGUUGACUACUUUGCGACAGAAGACGGUGACGCCGUUGAUGAAAAAGUACGCAAAUGAGACCUUGGACACCGGUCUACCCAUCAUCAGGCCGCUCUGGAUGCUGGACCCAGCCGAUCCGGCUUGUCACGUGGUGGUCGAUGAGUUCUCUGUCGGCGAGGAAUUAAUCGUCGCGCCGGUGCUUUAUUCUGGCAGCAGGCAGAGGGAAAUUUAUCUGCCAGCUGGUGUCUGGAGGGACGGCAUUGACGGGAGUCUGAGGAAAGGCUCGAGAUGGAUUCAUAAUUACAGAGUAGCGGAAGAUAAGGUGGCAUACUUUGUUAAGAUGCCAGAUAACACGAGAUUCUAAGGAACGCAUGUUGUACGAUAUGAUUUAAUCAGAGAAUUAUGAGCUCGAUUAAAGCAAUCGGAUUUCGUGAUAAACGACGUGCUUCGUUUGUCAAAUGUAUGAACAAUGUUAACAAUGAUUGAUUCAUCAGCAUGACAAAGGUUUUUAUUGAUCUGCUCGAGCUUAUCGAUGAUUUUCUCGUUUUUGUUAUUAAUUCGUGCGAUGUAUGAACUUAUUGCUCUACGAACUGUCAAUGCAGGAAAAUAAUUGUGCAGUGAUAAAGGUCUCUUAUGUCGAUUUUAUGAAAACUUUGCACGUGCAGAUGCGAUCUUCAAUGAAUGUAUCCAAAAAUUGCGAAUGCAAUAAUUAAUUAUCCAACGUUUCGUACACUCUAAAACACAUUUCCUUGCUACUCAUUACUUUCGUGUAGCAGGAUAAUUAUAUAGUGAUAAAUACUUAAAAUGCUACACGUGCGUGUUGUUUGACGUAUAUAAUUGAGAAACUUUCAAUUACAUAAUAAAAGUAUCCAAUAUUACUGUAUUCCAUGAAUAUGAUACUAUUAGCGAUAUUAUAUUAUGGUGCAUAUCAUAAAUAAUUGCAUACACAUUGAAAGAUUUAGAACCAUACAAAUGUAGAUUUAUCAUUUAUGCUGGUAAUUAUAUUUAUUUUACCUAA